AUGUCCCCGCCAGACUCGAAACCAUCCUCUGGAUUUCCUCCCCAAGACAAGUCGAAAAGAGGGCAAUCGUCACUCGCCUGCGACUCCCGACCUUUGACCGACGAAAACCAGCCACUUCUCUCACCCUCCAAACACUCCUCCGAAGGUGGUCAUGAGCUGCGAUAUUCCGACGAAGCAGAUCACCCCGAUGCGCCUCUUCGACAAGCAUCUCCAUUAUCAGUGCCGGCCCCUCAUCAGCCCUACCGCGAUGAUCCUGACGAGACCCCCGAUCAUCUUGUGCGGUAUGAACCGCGACCCAUCGACGAUACUGCCGACACAGACGAUCGGGAUCUGGCUGCGGAGAGAGCGCGGCCGAGAAAAGCAUGGCGCGCAUCAUUACGAAUCUUCUGGUUGAGGAAUAUGGGCAUGUUCCUGGUCUUGUUGGCUCAGAUGUUUGGCGCCAGUAUGAAUGUGAUGACGCAGAUUCUGGAGAUUCACAGUUCGAUGCAUCCAUUCCAGGUCCUCUUCGCCCGCAUGUCCAUCACCGCCGUCGCCAGCUACCUCUACAUGUGGUAUGCCCAAGUACCCGCACCGUUUGGCAUUCGACCGGUGCGGAAACUGCUCCUUCUCCGAGCCACCUUCGGCUUUCUGGGAGUCUACGGUCUCUACUACUCCGUCCAGUAUCUCCCUCUCUCCGAAGCCACUGUGAUCACCUUCCUGGCGCCAAUCCUCACCUGCUACGCGUGUUCACUCCUCAUCCCCGGAGAAACCUUUUCCGGACGACAACAAUUCGCGGCCCUGGUCUCCCUCAUCGGCGUCGUCCUCAUCGCCCGCCCAUUCUCAUCCCGCCCCGGUAAACCCCACAGCACUACCCCCGCGGACGACGGAACCGAAACCCCCAACGACACAGACUCCUUCCACCACAUCCUCGCCACAAUCGUCGCCUUCGCCGGUGUUCUCGGCGCAUCAGGCGCAUACACCACCAUCCGCGUCAUCGGACGACGUGCCCACCCCCUCGUCUCAGUAACCUACUUCUCCAGCGUCACGACCAUCAUCUCGCUCGCCGCCAUGCUGCUCGUUCCCGGCGUGCCGUUCCGUCUCCCGUCCACGCCCACAGAAUGGAUCCUACUCACCGGACUCGGUGUGUGCGGCUUCCUGCUGCAGUUCCUAUUAACCGCAGGGCUGAGCUACGUGGCCCCGAGGAGUGUGCAAGCCCAGGGCGUCAAGGCGAGACAGGGGAACAAGGCGACGAACAUGGUGUAUACGCAGAUGUUGUUCGCCGUGUUCUAUGAUAAGGUGGUGUGGGGGGUGACGAUGGCGCCGGUGAGCUGGGCUGGGUCGGUGCUGAUCCUGGCGUGUGCGGUUUAUGUGGCUGUUGCGCAGGAGGGGCCUCGUGCUGUGCCGAAAGAGGAUGGCGAAGGAGAGGCGGCAGAGGUAGUCGGGCAGGAGCAGGGGUCUUCGGGUGUCGAGGAGAGCGGGCGUGUAGAGUGUUAA